GCACACGUGGAGCACAGCGGCAAAGAGAAAGACAGAGCGAGAGAGAGAGAAACAAACUGCUACCACGGGCGGUGAGUCAUUUUUCUACUUGGGACCCAAGCCACCAAAUUGACUUCAAGGUCACUCGAAGCAAAUCAACAACGCACGAGUGGAGACUUGAGUGUGCCGUUGUCGCUCCACUUUCUUCCAGAGGAUUUAAGUCAGUGACUAAAAUGAUUGUUGGGAUGUGAAGAGAAGAAGCAAAGAGGAUCCUGGAAGCUGCGGCCGGCCACCUGUUGCACUUUUAGCAUCCAUCCAUCGCUCGCCGCAAGUUAGAAAAGCAAAUCAUCUGGCCCAUUAUUGACCAUUUGUAGCCAAUUAAGUGUCUACAGAAGAAAAGGUCUCCAGGGACCGAGCGGCGGCGGCGGCGGCAUUCGAGAUGACCUUCGCCAUGCUGCGCACGGCAUCUCCCGCGGGCCGCUUCUUGUACGGCGACAUCGCUCUCCUCUCCGAAGACGACGACGACAGCUCGGGCUCGGGCUCGGAGGAGCGCUCGGGCAAUCCCGCCGCCUAUCGCCUGUCGUCGUCCGCCGCCUUUCACAUCAAGAUGAGCAGGAAGCGAAAGCUGUGCAUGGGAGCGGCCGGCACAGCGGCGGUGGAAGCCGUCCUGGGGAGGUUGGGCCCACCGGGCUCGUCUCCCCCCACCGAAAUCCGCCAGAGGACGGCGGCCAACGCUCGCGAGCGGGAUCGAACCAAUUCGGUCAACACGGCCUUCACGGCGCUCCGCACGCUCAUCCCCACCGAACCCGCCGACAGGAAGCUGUCAAAGAUCGAGACGCUUCGCUUGGCCAGCAGCUACAUCAGUCACCUGGGGAACGUUUUGCUCCUGGGCGAGGGCCUUCACGACGGACAGCCCUGCCACGCUCCGUCGCCGCCGUUCUUCCACGUCAACUCCUCCCCCGGCCGAGGAUCCGACCAAUCGGGCCAGCCCAAGCACAUCUGCACCUUCUGCCUCAGCAACCAGAGAAAAAUGAACAAAGACAGAGACAGAAAGACGGCCAUCCGAAGUUAACAAGCCAAUCAAGAAAAGGGCAUUUAUUGUUUUUCAAUGCAGUAAUUUGAGGACUUUUUUUUUUUUUUUCCAACUACUGCAGCACAAAUUUUACAGCGCGUUUGUCUAACUUUUCGCUCUUAAGGAACUUUUGGGGUGUUUUCACUUUGGGGGAAAACAUUUUUUUUUCUUUUUUCCCCCCAAUCUCUCUUUGACGUGCAUAUAAAAGGCAUGAAGAGCCUUUCAUUGUGGGACUUUAUUAGGUUAUUUGCAAAGAGCCCGCCCGCCCUUAAGAGCCCUUGGCACAUGAUGACAAAAACACACAAAGCCAUGAAAGAGAAAUUUGUAUCCAUCAAAAGCUGUGUAAACUGUAAUAUAAAUGUAUAUUUAUGUGUCAUAACAUUCUAUAUGAAACAAUGUUAUUUAACAAGCAUAUCAAUUUCUUGAAAACAAAUUAAGAGUGGCUUGCACAAAAUAUUGCCUUUUGUUGAUGGCAUGACAUGCUGGAACUCUUUUUAAGUUUCCGAGAAUAUAUUUUUGUGUUGUGCUGGGAAAAUAACUCCAUGGUCAAUAAAUUGUUUUGUAUCCACGA